AUGGAAAAACUUUGUGUGACUGAUAUUCGAAAAAUCUGUGUGAAUUUUGAAAUUGAAGAACGUCUGGCCGAAUUGGAUGAACUAGCAUCGAAGGUUGGAGCAGAUAUUGUUAGCUUUAUGCUAAACUCGUUUAAAAAAUUCAAUAUUGAUACAUCCAAAAUAAUUGGACAUAGUUAUGACGGAUAUAUAUCACCACUAACAAUCGAAAAGUUUAGUCAAACAGAAGCCGAUGAAUUAAUGGCAUUGAUACCUGGAACAGAUGACUCACUAUUGUUAUUUCAAGAAUUUCAACACCUAACAUCAGAAAUUAAAGAAUGUACUGAUAUGAGAGCAGUAUCAAAAAUGCUAAAAAGCGUUCACUUACGUUAUACAUGUCUUGCUCGUGUAUAUGAAUUUAUGUUAACGUUACAAGUCACCGUAGCAUCCAAUGAACGUUCCUUCUCGAAACGGAAACUGGUGAAAAAUUAUCUACGAAGCACCACGGCUAAUGAUUGA